ACCUGACAAGCCAUCACAAAACCAUCCACCACAGAAGUGCAAAGCGUCACCAUCGGCCAACAGCCUUUUGCGUCAAGGUUUCCGAUAUUUACACACAUCUGUCUUUCCUAUUCGCAAUACACAUUUCAUCUCGAACAGAAUGGCAGUCGAGGACAACAGCAAGAGGUUAGAGGAAGCGAAGCAGCUAUCCAAGACUGAACCUCAAAAGGCAGAACGAAUCUACCAAGAGAUCCUUUCCACUCCACCUGGCACAAAUGAAAAGGCUGUCAGGGAGUUUGAAGCUGCUCUGAUCGGACUCGGCGAGCUCUAUCGGGAUCACAAGCGCACUCAAGAUUUGGCCAACCUCAUACAGCAGACAAGAGAUGUGCUUACCUCAUUUGCACGAGCAAAGACUGCGAAAUUAGUUCGUCAACUGCUUGAUCUCUUCACAGCCAUUCCAAACACCACCGACAUCCAAAUCAGCGUUACCAAGUCAUGCAUCGAAUGGGCUGUUUCUCAGCGACAGGGAUUCUUACGGCAGAACCUCGAAGUCCGCCUUGUUGCACUACACAUGCAAACUCAGUCAUACUAUGACGCUCUCACCUUGAUCAACAGCUUGCUAAAAGAGCUUAAGCGUUUGGAUGACAAGCUGGUAUUGGUGGAGGUCCAAUUGCUCGAGAGCAGAGUGUACCAUGCACUUGGAAAUUUGCCAAAAGGACGUGCUGCCCUCACAUCAGCGCGAACAAGCGCAGCUUCAGUAUACACGCCUCCUCUCCUACAAGCCAACUUGGACAUGCAAUCCGGACAACUCCACGCGGAAGACACCGAUUUCAACACUGCUUUCUCAUAUUUCAUUGAAGCCAUGGAGGGCUAUCACUCGCUAGAUGAACCCAUCAAAGCGACAUCCGCGCUUCAGUACAUGUUAUUGUGCAAGAUCAUGCUCAACCUAAAGGAUGAUGUAGAUUCGCUCAUGACGUCAAAGCACGCCCUACGCUAUGCUGGCAAGAAUUUGGAUGCCAUGAAAGCUGUAGCCCGAGCCCACAACAAUCGAAGUCUGGAGGAAUACGAGCAAGCGCUGCAUGCUUAUCGGUACGAGCUGGGUAGCGAUCGCUUCAUUGCAUCACAUCUACGACGACUGUACGACAGCAUGUUGGAACAAAAUUUGAUCAAGGUGAUCGAGCCCUUCUCUCGAGUUGAGAUCAGUCAUGUUGCAGACAUGGUCGGAUUGGAUGUGGCACAGGUGGAGCGCAAGCUUAGCCAGAUGAUUCUCGACCGAGUCAUCGUCGGUGUGCUCGACCAAGGAAAAGGUGUGCUGGAGGUGUUUGAGGAAGCGGAGAAAGACAAAGGGUAUGAGGCGGCACUCGACACAAUUGAGAAGCUUGGGAACGUGGUUGACGUCCUGUACGCCAACCAGGCCAGUUCGCUGGAGUAAGAUUGGAGGAUCCUCCAUAGAUGAAGCCAUGCAAGAUCAAAAUGACUAAGAAAUAAUGCCUGAG